CAUGUUCGAUCGAUCCCCAAUCUCAUCCCCUCCCCUCUCUCCCUCUCCCUCUCUCGCGACCCACACACCCUAACCCUAACCCGACUGCGCCGUCGCACCCGACAUGGGCGCCGCCGCCCCAACCCACCAACCGGUCCCCUUGCGCCACCACUUCUCGGACCGUGGCCUCCCUUCCCUUAGUCCGCAGUAGCAGCAGUGUCGUCUAGGACGGAGGAGCACCGUCCGCCGCUGAGGAGCAGCAGCGCGGUCCGCAACCAAAGAUCCGCUGUGCGCCGGGAACAUCAGCACCAUACGCCGGAGGAUCCUCUGCACCGACUACUAUUGAGGAGGAGCCCGCUGUUCUUCUUCCUUCAAUGGCGACCCCUGUCACGACCCCGCCUCCAGAUCUCAACAAGAGGUUCCAGGUCUAGGAAAUGGCAUUAUUGGUGUGGUGUUGUUCUGUUUUCUCAAUGAAUAUGAGUCGCUCGAUGGAUGGGAAUUGCUACUUACAAGUAUCACGUCCGCGUCCAACGACAACGACGUCAUCAACAUGGCGCGCCCACGAUCGCGGCUCCAUCGCCGCCGUCAUCCACAACCACACCCGGCGCAACAUCGAAGCUCGUGCGUGGUAGCGGUCUACUACUACCUCGGACGAGCAGCUCCGGCACCUUCACGAGCGCAGCGCGCCCGGUGGUUGGCUCUGCAUGCAUGCCCAUCAGAUGCUCGGUCAAAUGCUGAAGACCGGAUUUCGAAAGGUAAAUUUUAUUGAGCAGUAGACCCUUUUCCAGAGAAUCCCGUGCCGUGCCAGGAUGGGAAAUCCUUCUCAUGUUGAAAAGCCAAGCAUGCAUCCUUCUGUUGUUUUGGCCAGUCCCCUUGAUGGUACCACCCAGUCUUCAGAUUCAGAUGACUGCUACAUAACGCCAGGAAAGAUACCUGCAGUAAAAUAUUCUGCUGAUGAAUUUUCAGCAGAAUAUAGUCCAUCUGAAUCUGAUUCUGUGGAGUUGGACAAUGUUCAUGUGCUUUCAAAGGAUUAUGUCUUAUCAAGACGAUGCCAUCUCACAGGAGAACAAAUGGAAGAAAUUGAAGCGUUCGUCUCAAAAAUUCAAUCUGAACCCGGUGCUUGUGGUAAAGAUGAACAAGACCAAUGUGUCCGACUACCCUGAUCUGGUAAUACAUAAGGAGUACGCGGGUGCAUACUUUCCACCCAGAACUUGAUUUGUCACACUCAAGGUGCCUGAGAAUAGCAAGGGUUGGCAAUGCAAAAUCUGCAUUAGACCUGAUGGCGGACACAACCCUUAUUUGCGUGACUUUGUCCCUGACAAUCAUGUUCGGGAGGGAGAUCUCUGCCUCUUCCAUCCAAUCACAGAGGUUGAGGCAACAAACUUCACAAUUAUGGUCCACCUGCUUUGCAAAGCUGGAAGAGCUCCCAAAUCAAGGAGAUAAUCCACAUGAAUGUGCAUCUAUCUGCUCAGAUCAACGGGAGACUUCCUCCAAGCUUCAUUAUGUCUUAUCAAGUAGGCGCGGACUGGAUGAAGAAGAUGUGGCUGAAGUAGAUGCUCUUGUUACGAAAAUUCAACCUGAUAUCACUUUUCUUGUGGUUCAAAUGAUGAAGAGCAAUGCCAAUGGAUCACAACCUUCUCUGGUAACUAAUCUUGUUCCUAUUGUGCAGUGGGUAACUCUAUUGUUUUUGCUUGAGAUUGAAUAGUGCAACACAUAUUGAUUUGUUUCAAAAAUAGCUUUUUGUAAGAUUCACAACUAGCACCUCUCAUUUCACUAAUAAUCUUGAUGUGUUCAACAAAUAACUGUCAAUUGGCACAUGAACAUUUUUUGGUUGCUCUGUGAGCAUAUUUUAUUUUCUCCGCACUGAUUUUUGGUUUAUGCCAUAUGCAAUUAGAGUUGUGGUUUUCAAAGCUUCGUCAUAAGAAAAAUAAUGAUUCAAACGGAUUGUGAUCUGCCUAUAAUAAUACUACCUUUAAAGAGCUUGUCACUCAAAGGCAGCUGUGCUAUACUACCUCUGUCCGGGUUUAAUUAGUCCCCCUUGUAUUUUGAAUCAAAUUUUGAUCAUAGAUCUAACUAGCAGAACACAAGUUAGAUGCCACAAAAAAUCAUAUUGUCGAUUCAUAUUUGAACAAAAGUUUCUAAUGGUACUAUUUUUACUGUAUCAAAAUUUGACCCAAAAUACAAGGGGACUUAAUAAAUCCGGACGGAGGAAGUAGUUGUUUGUUACUCCCUCUGUUUCUUUUUAGUCUGCAUAUAAGAUUUGGUCAAAGUCAAACUUUAUCAACUUUGACUUAGUUUAUAGAAAAAAACAGCAAGAUUCAUAAUAUGAAAUCAAUAUUCUUAGAUGCAUCAUGAAAUUAAUUUUCAUACCAUAUAGCUUUAGUAUUGUAGAUGUUGAUAUUUUUUCCAACAAAGUUGGUUAAACUUUGCAAAGUUUGAUUUUGAUCAAAUCUUAUAUGCAAACUAAAAAGAAACGGAGGGAGUACAAUUCUCUAGCAACGAUCAAUAGCCUGUAUGACGUCACAUUAUUGUCUUUUCCUAAAGAACACAAGAGAUGAAUAUAGGCAUAAGUUAUCAAUAAAUAUUUAUUUUCUUGCUUACAUGUGGAGAGUGAAUUGCAAAAAACUCGACACUUCAGGCUAGGUUUGCAGGAACCACACAUAUACGAAACUGUGCCAAAAAGCACUAAUUUUUUUCAUAAUUUUUUGCAAAAAACACUAGUUGCUUGUUUGGACCGUUUUAAGUGCGUUUAUGACAAGGGGGGCCCGCAUCCGUCGACGUGGCAACAUUGUUCACACGACAACGCCGUUAGACGGCGUUACACGCCGCUGGCGCACUAGUUCGAGCCGGGCGGGUCAAACACCCCGAAGCGGCGCAGGCCCACCCCCCAGCCCUCACUCUCUCCCGUCCUUCUCCCUCUCUCUGCUCCCGCUCGUUCACCGCCGCCGCCCCCUCCCACAUCUCCGACCGUCGUCGCUGCCGCAUUGCCAUGGUUUCCUGGUCUGAUGACGACAGCAGCGAGAACUCUCACCAGUAUGCCGACUCAGCUUCAGACAAGGGCAUCAUCAAGAUCCUUGAGACCAUCGAUGACUCCGAUUUCGAGGGCACUGAACCUGAUGUGUUGUGCAAUGAACACUCCCUGCUAGCAGAGAGGCGUGUUGCUUUCCAGGGCAUCCAUACUGGCAGGAGGUUCUUUGCUUGUGAUGUGAAGGAGGGAAGAAACUGUGGGCUAGUUGAAUGGGUUGAUCCAUUUUGGCCAGCUACAGUGGAGAAUGCAUUGAUCAAGUUGUGGGAUAAGUAUGAAGAGUGCAGGAGGAGCAAGAUGGAGGACAAUCUAGAAAGCUCAUUUGUUGUUCACAAUCUGACACAACAGAAGAUCAAGCUGCAGGCAAGUUAUGAGAGGUUGGUUGAAGAUGUCAACGGCCUUUUGGAUGCCCUGGAGCAGAGGGCUCAGAUGGAGAGAGGUAAGAUGCAGAACAAACCUGAUGAGAGCAAGCUGCAGGAGAAGUAUGACAUGCUCAAGAACCUGACAGUUGCUCAAGCCAAUGUCAUUAGGAACAUGAAGUUGAAGCUUGCUGAAGAGAAGAUUAAGUUGCAGGCCCACAUUGAUGAGCUUGAGAAGGUUGCCGAGCAGACCAAGCUGAAGCUGAAUGGGAUCAAGGCCAUCUUAGAUGAAUGGGCAGUAUAAUGUAAUAUGCUGCUUAUUAGUACCACCAGCAUGGUUAUGGGAUGAUGAGUACUAUAAUUAUGGUUAUGUAAUGACUACUAUUAGAUGAAUAAUCUAGUAAUAUCUGAAUUAUGGUUAUGUAAUGUACCUAUUUAGCAUUAAGCACUAUCAUGUAAUAUGGUACUUAUUAGUUAUGAUUAUGUAUGAAUCUUCCAGUUA